UUGAUCCACCCAUUGUUUUCCGUCCCCUAGUAAGCCCCAGCGUGGCAUCACCGGUAUCCAAGCUCCAUUGUUCAAGACCACUAUCCCCGUCGGUUGCGAGCUCCUCAUUCAAGAUGGGGUCUUCCUUCUUCACAUUGAGGUCUGUUCUGAGCCUCCUUUCUCUGCUUUUGGUUUUUCCCUUUUCUUCUGCUCUCAAGUUCGAUCUCCCUGCGGUCUCCGGCCACAGUGGUAAGAAUGAACGGUGCAUCCGGAAUUUCGUGUCAGCCAACCAGCUGGUGGUCGUGACCGCCAUUGUAAGCGGUCACAGAGGUGAUGGACAAUCCGUCAACAUGCAUAUCAAGGACGCACUUGGCAACGAGUAUGGUCGACCGAAGGACAUUGCAGGCGAGACUCGUCAGACCUUCACUUCCCUCGCGGACACCGCAUUCGAUGUUUGCUUCGAAAACCAGCUUGUUACACGCCAAGCUGUCGCGAAUCCUUCCCGUCACAUUGAACUCGAUAUUGACAUUGGUGCCGAUGCGCGGGACUGGAACAGCAUCCAGGCUCACGAGAAGCUCAAGCCAGUUGAGACGGACCUUCGACGCAUUGAGGAGCUGGUCUCGGAGAUCGUUAAUGAGAUGGAGUACCUCAGACUCCGCGAGCAGAGACUGCGAGACACUAAUGAGAGCACGAAUGAACGAGUGAAAUGGUUCGCCAUUGGAACGAUGGGUAUGCUAGUCGGACUCGGCGCUUGGCAGGUUGUGUACCUGAGGGCGUACUUCAGGUGAGCAUUUCUACGAUCACUUUCCAUGCAUUUGCACCCGGGAUAUCGUCAGUGGACGAGGUCUAACAUCUCCGCAGAUCGAAGCACUUGAUCUAGAUUACUCUGUCCGUGACGUUAUCCUACUGUAGAACGAGAUACGAAUGGUUUCUUGAUGGUCAAAACUUGGUCUUGAAUCCUGCUUGAGACAUUUUAUGUCGACCUUCGGAGUCUCGCGUUUCCUUUUCACGCGACACUGUUUUACAUAUCACAAUUUAGCUUGCGAGACAAUGAAGGUAUCUUAAUUCUGGGAGAGCGACUCAAUAUCAUGAGUUGUACCGCAUAUUAG